UGGAAUUUGCAUAAUAUUUAUUAGUAUUGUAACUCAAUUUGUGUCAAAAACAAUUGUUUUUGUGGUAUCGAUGAAUGUGUCUCAACCAUAUGAAUUCCUCAUUUUGAUGAAGUAUUUCAUCGAUCAAGAAAAAUAUUUUUAUCUAAUUGUGUUGCAUAUAUAUGCAGGAAUAUGUUUCGGAACCGUUUCAGUAGUAUCAGUAGGUACAAUGCUCAAUACGUAUCUUCAACAUAUGUGUGGAAUGUUUAGAAUCGCUAGUUAUCGUAUUGAGCAUGCAGUGAGCAUCAACAUUAAACAAAACAUAACACUAGAAAAUAAAAAUUUAAUGAUUGAGGGCAUAGUUUGUGGCGUUGAUAUUCACCGACAAGCUAUGAAAUUAACAAAACAGUUGGUGUCCACAUUCGAGAUAAUGUUAUGUUGUUUAAUAGUAGCUGAAGUGCUGUUCUUAGUCCUUAACCUAUUUCAAAUUGCAGUGAUUAAAAAAACUUUUGAGGAAUUGUGCCCUCCUAUUUGCUGUGUAUUUGGCGCUGUCAUAUAUAUGCUUGUGUGUUGCUAUAUCGGGCAGGAUGUAAUGGAUCAUAAUAAUCGCAUAUUUUCUACUGCGUACAACGUACAGUGGUACGAAGCCCCAAUACAUGUUCAGAAAAUGAUACUAUUCAUAUUACAAAAAAAAACCAUAAAAUUUAGUCUGACUGUUGGUGGAUUAGUCAAUUCAUCUAUAGAAACUUUUGCCAUGCUUGUUAAGCUCUCGGUAUCAUACUUUACUGCACUAUAUUCUACGCAAUGACAAAGCAAUAAGUUAAAAACAAUAUAGUAAGAUAAUAAUUAAUAGAAAAGCAACAAUAUUUAUGCUUACAAAGUAGGAAUAAUUUUUUGAAAAUACAGUGUAGUUUCUAGAGAAAAGUUGUUGAGUGUUUACCGGUCACUGAAAUCAUAUCUCAUCAGUAUAUAUGCAAUCGCACUUGCCGUCGUGGUGUAACUUUAUCGCGUACCCGUCACGCUAAUUACACGAAGAAUCACUAUGCAAAAUUGCUUUCGCACACACAAAAAUAAUCACGAAGAUUGGGCGCCAGGCGCGAGAGAUCGUGCCACUCUCUCGUUAGAAUUAUCGAAAUCUUUCACAGAAGAUUUGCUGUAAAGUCAGAGGUAGCAACGGGAUUUGAGUAACCGUUUGCUUAGUCUCAAAAUUGGCAGAGAGUAUGAUUCUUGGUGCGGGUUGUAGGAUGGAAGAGAGCGAGGGAGCAUAUAGACAACACAGUACUUAACGAAAAGAUUAACAAUUAAAUUGUCAAGUUACAUCAUUUGCUAACGGUUCUUAGGGAGAAUAGUACGUUUUCCAUACGUAGGCGCGGUCAGAAAUCUGCCACGCGUCGUUAGUAUAAGCUCACUCAAAAAAGGCGGCGGUAUAAGUGUCGAGAUGCUAAUGAUAAGCGGACGAUAAACGCGUACACUGCACUUUCUAGCACUCGCAUACGCAUUUCAUGCAAAAGAUAUGCAGCAAUUCUUAUGAAAAUACGCAAAAUCGCGCAAGAGAAACACACAAUCGGAAAUAUACAUGCGCU